UCCAGUGACGAGGAUAAGCGCGUGCGGUGGAUUCCCUCCACUCCGGCGGCUGCGCGUGGGCAUCAGUGGGAUAGUUCCAUAUAAAGGCUCCCGCAUCCUCCUCUGCCUCUGACACUCUCUGUUUGAAUGAUACGGUGUCCUCUCCUCCUCUCCUCAUCCUGUGUUUUCUCGGACACAUUUUCCUGCAGUAGAAAUUCAAAUUCUCGUCUAUGGUUCUGACUCAAGCUUCCAAAAUGUCCCGGACCGAAGAGGUGCACCGUAUAACGGAGAACGUAUAUAAGUCCAUCAUGGAGCAGUUCAACCCUUGCUUAAGGAACUUUGUUGCCAUGGGGAAGACUUACGAGAAGGCCCUCUCCAGUGUGACAUUUGCAGCAAAAGGCUACUUCGACGCACUGGUGCGGAUGGGAGAAAUGGCCAGCGAGAGUCACGGCUCUAAGGAUCUUGAAGAGGCAGCAUGGGAUGUGCUUUUUCAGAUGGCGGAGGUUCACAGACAGAUCCAGAUGCAGCUGGAGGACAUGCUGAAAUCAUUCCACAAUGAACUACUCACAGAACUGGAGAAAAAAGUGGAAUUGGAUGUUCGCUACUUAAAUGCAGCUCUGAAGAAAUACCAGAUGGAACACAGAAGCAAAGGAGAGAGUCUGGAGAAGUGCCAGGCCGAGCUGAAGAAACUGCGCAGGAAGAGUCAGGGCAGCAAGAACCCCUCCAAAUAUGGAGACAAGGAGAUGCAGUACGUCGAGACCAUCACCAGCAAACAAAAUGAGCUGGAUAAAUACAUCUCUGAGAGCUACAAGAAUGCCCUGUCUGAAGAGAGACGGAGGUAUUGCUUCCUUGUUGACCGUCAGUGUGCAGCGGCCAAAACUAGCAACGCCUACUACACCAAGGGCAGAGACUUGCUGACGCAAAAGAUACCAUUGUGGCAACAAGCAUGUGCCGACCCAAAUAAACUCCCAGAGCGGGCGAUGCUUCUGGCUCAGCAAAUGGGCUCAGGAGUGACGGGGACGCUGGGUCCCAGUGUCCACCACACCUCUAAGUCUAACCUGACCAUCUCAGACCCCAUCCCUGGGGCCAAACCACUUCCUGUGCCCCCUGAGCUUGCAGUACUCAUGGGAAACCAACAGAUGAGGAUGAUGGGAGCAGGUAGUGUUCCAAUGGUGAAUGGCUCAGGGGUCCAUGGGGCUGAAGACUACCAACGCUGGAUGGAGACCAGAGCCGCACAUGAGAAACCAGCCCACAGACACGGUGGAGAGACCUUCUCCAACACCCUGCCUGUCCGCAAGGUUGCGCCUGUAAAGCCCAAGAACACUCUGGCAGAGACACAAACCCUGCCCAGGUCAAGCUCAAUGGCAGCUGGGCUGGAGAGAAAUGGACGGACACGCGUUCAGGCCCUCUUCUCUCAUGCCGCCGGGGACAACAGCACACUCCUCAGCUUUACGGAAGGAGACAUCAUCACACUGUUGGUGCCUGAAGCCCGAGACGGCUGGCACUAUGGCGAAAACGAGAAAAACAGAAUGAGAGGCUGGUUCCCGUUCUCCUAUACCCGCAUGAUUCCUGAACCAGACAGCAGUAAACUCCACGUUAGUUUGCAGCACACCAGGAGCAGCAGCACAGGAAAUCUUCUGGAGAGAGACAUGAUGUUGCCAACACCUGAUUACGGCAUGCCUACACGCUUCUUCACCCAGCAGCAGAGCACAGCACACAGCCGACAGAGACCAUACAGCAUGGCAAUGCCAGGAUUCUCACAACAAGGUUUGGAGGAGUACCAGUCUCGGUUCCUAACGAGCCGGAGCAGACGAACAUAGCUGAUGUUUCUGAAGGUCUAGCCAAAACAUAAGGUGGACGGGUGACCAAGCGGCACCUAAACCCAUGUUGAACAAGGAGAAACCUCUGAUUGUUUAAAUGGGUUUCAUAAGCCUCGCAAUAGAGUCAGUCAUUUAUGGUCUUUUCCCAUAGAUGAGACAUAUCUACUCUCUCAAAAAUGCUGUAGCAUUCUUUAUCAAUUUGAACGAACUUCUUUCUUUUUCUGUUGUAUGGUACAAAGCACCUUGUGUGACAUUUCUUUAGACAAUAAAUGAAUAAAAUAAGUCAAUAAACAAAAACCUUUCUAGGGCAUCUAUGGGGAAGAAGACCAUUCCCAGCUUUUAUUCCUGCUAAUGCUAAUGCUAAUUCCUUAGCAUCACACAAUUCAAAGGAGGUAUAGAUCAAAUAUUUUAAAUAAUUUAUUUUUCCAUUUAAGUUUCCAUUCCAUUCUUGCUUUUGCUGUCCAUGUGUGUCUGUCUUAUUUAGUGGCAUUUGUUCCAACUUUUUUUUCAGUAGUGAAAGUCUCAUGAGAAGCAGUUUUUCACAUGCAACCCCCAAUAUUUUAAAUCUGUAGUUCACUUUACAUCUUGCUGUACACACCAUUUAGAUUUGACCCCAUGAUGCAUUUGAAAAAAUGGGCUCCAUUUUCACAAUAAAAGUGUAUGGGUCUUAAGUAAAGCAUUUUCUGAUUAGUAUACAUUCGUUUAUUACAAUUGUUUACAUUUUGCUUUUAGCAAAUGCAGCCCAUCACAUUUGUAAUGUGCAUUAAUUGAGAUUACUUUGAGCAGUAACAUUAAAGGGAUAGUUCACCAAAAAAUACAAGUUCUGUUUUACUCACCCUAAUAUCAUUAAAUGACUUCUUUCCGAAACACUUGCAGUAGUGCACAAGUCAUAUGGACUAAUUGUUAUUAUUUUAUGGUGCUUUUGCCUGACAAGCUGCAGUCCUAUAUUGGUGUUUCACAAACAAAGUCACACAUGUUUGGAACGUGUGAGUAAAUGAUGGUAAUUUUCAUUUAUAGGUGAACUAUUCCUUGAACAUCAGGGCUUUAUGCUCUCUGUGCUUUAAUGUGUCUGUGUCCAAAGCCAACCUGGCAGCAUCUCCCUCUCUUUGUUCCACAGUGCGGAGGGCAAAUUGAUUUCGACAGUGUGAGAGGAAAGACAAACACACAGACACCACCCUCCCCUCCGUCCACAUACACACUCCCCUGUCUUCCUUUAACUCUCAACAAUCCAUCCCCCUUCACUCCACCCUCAGAGGAAGAGGAUCUAGAUCCACCCUUCCCACCUUCUUGUUCCCUAAUUUUAUCCCAGUUGGAAGCAGCCUAAUGGAACCGGAAUGCUGAGUAUUCCAUGUUGACCUUCCUCAUUAUACGCUUCCAUCAUGAGGAUUUUGAAAUUAUUCAGUUAAUAUGUUGAAUUGUUCAUACAGUAUGUAUCUCUUGCCUGUCUUUCAUGCAAGUACAUGUCAGCGACGUAUAAACUAAAUGCAUAACUUUUGCCAUCCAGGGGUCCAUGUAUAGUUUACAUGAAAAUUACAAUUCUGUUGUAUUAUAUUAUUUUCUUCUACGGAACACAAAAAGGCUUAUUUAUAUUAUUAUACCUAAGCAGUUUUUUUUUCCUUACAAUGAAAGUGAAUGGUCAUCAGAAUUUUUCUGAACCAAAAUGCUUUUCUUAUUUUUUAUUCUUUUUUUUUUUUUUGGAGUUAAACAUUAACUGGUCCCCAUCCACUUUCAUUUUAGGGAAGAUAGCAGCUCAGGAAUCAAAAUGUAUUUAUUUAUUUUCUGUAGAAGAAGGAAAAGUUGUAUAGGUUUGGAACAACACGAGGGCCAGUAAAUUAAUUUUUUUAUUGAACAAAAAAAUCUUAAUUUAGUAAUAUGUUUAAUUGUAUUGUUUGUAACAAUACCCGUGGGUUUAUCAAAGUAUAAACGACAGCUGAGAAGUAAAAACAAGAAAAAUAUUUACUUUUUUUAAUCAUUCCUUUGAAUUUUAUUUAACUAAUUAUCAGUAACUUUCAGUGUUUUUCUAUGUCAUUGCAAAGGGACUCCGUGAUCUCAUAAUAUCUCAUCUGGAGUCCGUUUAAUGAAUUAUCUAAAUGCAUCAAGUGUGCUAGAGCAAGACGGUGAAAUCUGAUGUACAGUAUAUAUUUGACCUUCCCUGUGUCUCAAGUGAAGAUUGAAUUAGAACAAAAAAUCAGUUGUUUCUGGACUUCAUAGUUCAUGCAUGAAAGAAAAGACAACUGGUACCUACAUAAUAUCCAUAUCUCAUCACCAACCACGCAUGAAGCUAUAAGCAGUGAGAAGCUGUGUGUUAAUGAUUUGACCACAGAUAAGAGGUGUAACCAUGAUCAAUCACUGUAACACAUGGCCACGGGUGACUCAUUGCUUGUAUAAAGAAAAGCAGAAAGAAAUGAACAAUAUAGUUUUAGUCUAGGCCAGUUAUGGUUGCCAAGCAACGUCUCAACUUUAUUAAUGUAGAAUAAAAUCAAUCAGAUUGUAGAAUCUGAACUAUUUCUAAAAAAAAAAUUAUUUUCUGCACUGAUGUAUGUUGCGGUUAUUAAAGUGAUGCAUCCAUAUUCACGAUGUGCUCCAGUGCCUUGUACAUAGCACAUCAUAUUUGUAAAUACUAGAACUUUAAAUUGGAUGUUGAAUUGUAUUAUGAGUAUUUCUAUUAAUUUUGACAUGGAUACAUUGCAUAUUUUGGUUCAACAAGAUCCAUGUGGAUCACUGUACAGCUUUUUGAUUCAAAACAUAUGUAAAAAAAGCAUUAACCAACUUUGAUACCAUACUUUUUUGUUUAGUAUCAACUUAAACAUUAUGUUCUAUGCUUAAUUAAGAUACACUUACACACCCCUUGUGUGAGUUUUUUUAGCCUUUUUCACAGGAGUGAAAGCUGAAAUCUUUUAGUUCCAGUUUGUUUCAUUGAAACAAAAUGCUUAUGAUUAAGCUAUAAGAAAGACCAGGUUUCUCUGAUGUGAUCGAAACACCACGUUGCUUGUCUGCUCUAGUAAUUGUUUAAAGGUGCACUGCUUUAGAUCUUCUCUGUAUUGUACUCCAAAAGUCGAUUUAUUGUUGUACAUGAAGGUGAUGCACAAUUAAAUAAAAGCACCUUCAUUAUUGCCACAGAGUAUGCGUGAAGACGUCCAGAUUGUACACUCACUUUAAUUUUUCUCAUGCUUUCCGUCACUAAAGAUCCUGCCAGGUUCUUAAUGUCUGUCUCUCCUCCUACUAUAGUUUUUUAAUUAUUAUUUUUUUUCACUUUUGCUCUCUGUUUGUUAUUUUCUAUGUGUAACUAAACCAACGUCUUGCUAUAGCUCUGCCAACACUCUCCAUCUCUGUUUUGAUGAAUUUAGAGACAAAAGCAGUAAGGUGUCACGGACUGGAAGCCAGUGCCAGUGUUUCUUCUUUCUGCACUAGAGUAAAGGCCAUGGUACAGCCGCCACACUCAGAGAGAGCUCCACCUCUGUCAUGAUCUUUAUAUAUGACCUUUUCUUCUGGAAUGGCCACUUUGUGGAUCUAAAAAGCAGAGAAAGUACAAUAGUUGUACAGUAAAGUAUAUCAACUUCAAAGUGCAUGUAUUUUGGGCGACACCAGAACAGUGUAAUGUUGCUAAAUGACCAUGUGACUUUUUACUCUUGAAACCAUGAAUAAACUUUUCUUCAGAUUAAA